UGCAGAGAGCACCGACCUUCGACGCUGAGGUGCAAUAUACUGGUGCGAUACAAAGAGGUUUUUAAAAGUUAAAAACAGUUAAUGAUCAAACUUGUGCCCGGCGUUGAGUUCCUGCGUCAGACUUUACGCACCAUGCGCGCGGUCAGCCUGGAUGCUCUGUGAUCUCGCAUCUCUGUGCGCGCAGAGAUGCUGCAUACUGAGACAGUACCUGAAUGAAGAAAUACUUUGGAUUCAAACAGUCACGUUGAGUCCGACGGCAUUCCUCUUUCCGCACACGGUUUAGGAAAAAAAGCACAACUUUCUCCCCCUGGCUGCACCUUCCUCCAGUUCCUCACAUCUUCCCUUUCUGUAGUCUGGCCCCCUUCUCCUUCCCUCGGUCACUUGUUCCUCUGUCACGACCAUGCCGAAGAACAGCAAGGUGACCCAGCGGGAGCACAGCAAUGAGCCGGUCACCGAGUCCGUGGCUGACCUGCUGGCCCUGGAGCAGCCCAUGGACUAUAAGAGCAGUCAGAUGAGUAUGGGCCUGAGCCCUGGGGCCAUUGCACCAGGAAAGGGCCUGUUACCUUCCCCGGACCCAGAUGCCGAGGACGGCCGACCAGCCUGGAACAACAAGCUGGAGUACAUCCUGGCCCAGGUGGGCUUCUCUGUAGGCCUGGGCAACGUCUGGAGGUUCCCGUACCUGUGUCAGAAGAAUGGUGGAGGUGCAUACCUGGUGCCCUACUUCAUUCUCCUUCUUCUCAUCGGCAUCCCCUUGUUCUUCCUUGAGCUCGCAGUGGGUCAGAGGAUUAGGCGUGGCAGCAUUGGGGUGUGGAACUACGUCUACCCACGGCUAGGAGGCAUCGGGGUCUCCAGUCUGAUGGUUUGCGGCUUUGUGGGCCUCUAUUAUAACGUUAUUAUCGGCUGGAGUAUCUUCUAUUUCUUCCAGUCUUUCCAGUACCCGCUACCUUGGGCUGAUUGCCCCAUCCGAAGAAAUGGAAGCCAAGCAAUUGUGGAGCCAGAGUGUGAGAAGAGCUCAGCUACCACUUACUUCUGGUAUCGCCAGACUCUCAACAUCACCAGCACCAUAGAUGACACUGGCGGGCUGAACUGGAGGAUGACCCUGUCCCUGCUGGCUGCUUGGAUCAUUGUCUGCCUGGCUGUCAUCAAGGGCAUCCAGUCCUCUGGGAAGGUGAUGUACUUCAGUUCUCUCUUCCCUUAUGUGGUGCUGUUCUGUUUCUUGGUGCGAGUUCUGCUGAUGAAGGGAGCAGUAGACGGUAUCGCUCACAUGUUCACCCCUAAGCUGGAAAAGAUGUUGGAGCCCCAGGUGUGGAGGGAAGCAGCCACCCAGGUCUUCUUUGCCCUCGGCCUGGGUUUCGGAGGCGUCAUUGCUUUCUCCAGCUACAACAAGCGAGACAACAAUUGCCACUUUGAUGCAGCUCUGGUCUCCAUCAUCAACUUCGUUACCUCCAUCCUGGCCACAUUGGUGGUGUUUGCCGUGCUGGGGUUCAAGGCAAAUGUCAUGAAUGAGAAGUGUGUUGUCGAGAAUGCAGAGAAGAUCCUGGGUUACCUGAACACUGGUGUGCUGAGCCGAGAGCUCAUCCCCCCUCACAUCAACUUCUCCCACUUGUCCACCCAGGACUACGCCGAGAUGUACGGCGUCAUCAAGACAGUGAAGGAGGACAGCUUCGGCCAGCUGGGCCUGGACGCCUGCGUCCUGGAGGAUGAGCUCAAUAAGGCGGUGCAGGGCACAGGCCUGGCCUUCAUCGCCUUCACAGAGGCCAUGACCCAUUUCCCUGCCAGCCCCUUCUGGUCGGUCAUGUUCUUCUUCAUGCUGAUCAACCUGGGCCUGGGCAGCAUGAUAGGAACCAUGACUGGCAUCACCACACCCAUACUGGACGCCUUCAAGAUACGCAAGGAGAUUCUGUGCGUGGCCUGCUGUAUCAUCGCCUUCCUCUUAGGCCUGCUGUUUGUGCAGCGCUCAGGGAACUACUUUGUCACCAUGUUUGAUGACUACUCAGCUGGUUUGCCUCUCACUGUGGUGGUGAUCCUGGAGAACAUCUCUGUGGCCUGGAUCUACGGCACCAAGAGGUUCAUGCAGGACCUGGAGGACAUGCUGGGUUUCAGGCCCUACUCCUUCUACUUCUACAUGUGGAAGUAUGUGUCACCUGCUGUUUUGAUUGUGCUCAUCGCUGCCACUGUCAUUGAGAUGGCCGUCAGCCCUGCAGGCUACAACGCCUGGUCGGAGGAGGAGGGCUCAGAGAAGUUCCUGAGCUACCCGCCUUGGGCGUUAGCCAUGGCCUAUGCCCUCAUUGUCGUGGCAAUGCUACCUUUGCCCAUCGUCUUCAUCGUUCGCCACUUCAACCUGGUGUCCGACGGCUCCAACAAGCUGUCUGUCUCCUACCGUAAAGGCAUGAUGAAGGACAUUUCCAACCUGGAGGAGCAGGAUGAGCAGCGUUUCAUCCUCAGCAAGAACCCCAGCGAGGCGCCUUCCCCCAUGCCGGCUCACCGCGCUUAUCUGGGCCCCGGUGGCACCCAGGAGAUGACCAACACCAAUUAUGGCACAAGCACCAAGACAGGCUACCAGAACAUCGGCUCGCCCGAGUCUGAGCUAUGAUCCACUGUGCUCAGAGAUAGUCCCGUCCACUAAACCCCAGCCCUGCUUAGAAAGAGGGAGACAGAGAAAGCAAGGGAGAUUAGUGGAGGAGAUGGCCAGAUUGACAGUGAGGUUGAGAGAGAGAGAGACAGAGAGAGAAACCACUGCCGGUUGUUGCAGCGUUCAUCACACCUUAACCCAGAGCUGAAUCCUUUCUAUCCCUUUUAUCCGUCUUUGCUGCCCAGUCGCUCCUUAGCUGCUGUCCUUCCCUUCUUCCUCGGCCCCUCUCAUAGGAUCCAUGCUGCUGAUUGCCUGACAGUCCCAGCUGUGAUAAAAGGAUCAUGGGAAAGUAAGUCCGAUCAGAUAUGACUGCCCUUUUCAAUCUAUUGAGGUAUUAAUGGCACAGCCAACAGAGAGGAGUGCAGCCUGGAAAGGUUCACUGCGGGCUUAGAUACACGGUUUUCAGUUAAUAAGCUCUCGGUGAGGUUAAGGUGUCUGUAACGCUGCAAUACUUUACGUUGUACUGAACCAUAUUCCCAUGUGUUUACGAGUUUGGAGAAGGUUAAUUUUGAGGCAGAGGGGUGUUCCAAGAUCUUGCAGCGCUUUUUCUGGUGCAGAUUUAGAGGAUUGUUAUUCAUGGGGAUAUAGGGUGGAAGGAGACAGAAAAAAAAACAGGUUUCUUUUUACCUCUACUGCAGCGAAAUUCCAGCUCAUCCCAUCUCAUGGAAGAUUUACUCUGACUUUCUUGAUGAAAUGACGUUCAUCAGUCAUGUUCUUAUGUACCGUCAAAUGAGAGCAAUUCUCAUCUAGUGGAUAAGAUCACCACAAAUUCAUCUGUAACAGUAUAUCAUAACCAAUACUGAUAUAGCACAGUGUGAAAACAGUGUUAUGAAGAGAUUUUAAAGGUUUAAGUGUACGUGUCAUGCAUCAGCAAUAACAAAAAGUCGAAGUAGAGGUCUUGUAAAACUGCGGAUCUCCUUCCAUCCCUAUUUUUCCCCAUUGAUGUAGAAUACUGUACAUAUGUGUUGUGCAAUAGUCAAAGUCCAAGAUGUCAACGUAAAUCAUGUAUAUACAAUCCAGUAGUAUAAACUGGAGGGGAGGGGAGGAGAGGGGGGGGGGGUUUAACCUGGUCAUUUAUUCUCCCUUAAGUUACAACACAGAAGCACACACCCCGACUAUCUGUAAAGUAUCUCUGAGCCUUAAAACAGAGCAGCACUUUUCAUGAAAACAAUCCUUCCCCAUCCUGCACAAACAAGGCUCUGGAGUGGAGCUACUGCCAAUAGCACUUCACUCGUCUCUCUGCUGUUCCAGUCGCAGCUGGCCUAGACAAAGCUUACCCAUUUUAAUCAAUGCCUUAGAAGGCAGAGAAGGCUUUGAAUGGGCAAAGAUAAGCAGAGCAGCUCGUAUUUGAUCAGUCUGUGUGUGUGUGUGUGUGUGUGUGUAUGACAGAGUGAAAGAGAUAGAGAGAUAGAGCUUGUGUGAGAG